AUGAAGCCUCCCAAAACCGUCAAAAUAGCCAAGAUAACAAUCUUGAAAUUCAAAAAUAGUAAAUCAACUUAUAUGAUCCCCAUAGAUUUAGAAGCAAAGAAUGCCCAAACAUUAACCAAUUUCAAGAAACUAUUAGCCAACAUUAUAAAUCAAAGUGGUGGUAUACCAGACGAAGAAGCCAUGGAAGAUAUAGAGAUCCCUAAAUCAGAAUUCAUUGAUGAUGACAUUGAAAUCCCCAAAUCAGAAUUGAUUGAUGAUGAAGCUUCUAAAGACCAAAUCAAUGCCAAUGAUUUAAGAAUAGCCACACCAAAGGAUAAAACUUCACCAUAUAAUAACGAAUGGAUUGAAAUUGAUGACGAUAUAUUGAACGAUUUGACUUUCAAAGAUUAUGACAUUCUUGCAUUUGCUUUAGAAGAUCAACCAUUUAACAUAGUAGAAGCUGCUUAUGAAGAAUAG